AAAGAGAUGGUGGGAGUACAAAACAACGUACUCGUAUUCCAAUUAUUCUGAAUCAUUCUCACAGUAAAAAGUAACAGAGAGGGAGAAGAGAGAGAAGGAGAGAGCAUGGCUUCAUCUUCGCCCUUCCUCUUCCUAAUUCUCCUCACCAUAUCUUUAACAAUACCAAGAACACAAUCAACCCCAACGUUCUUUCCCAGGUUAACAACGUAUCAAUCUUCUCUGCGGAAACAAGACAAGCCCUCAAAAAAGCCAGAGAUUCCAUUCAAGACCCAUUACUUUCCUCAGCUCCUAGACCAUUUCACUUUCCAACCCCAGAGCUCCAAAAUCUUCUACCAAAAGUACCUCGUCAACAACCACUACUGGCGCCAAGGGGGGCCAAUCUUUGUCUACACAGGCAAUGAAGGCAAUAUUGAGUGGUUUGCGGCCAACACUGGAUUUAUGCUUGACAUUGCCCCCAAAUUCAAUGCUCUUCUUGUCUUCAUUGAACAUAGGUUUUAUGGAGAAUCGAUGCCAUUUGGGAAGGAUUCCUAUAAAUCUGCAGAGACACUGGGAUACUUGAAUUCACAGCAAGCAUUGGCAGACUUCGCAGUUUUGAUUAGGAGUUUGAAGAAGAACCACUCUUCUGAGGCAUCCCCUGUGGUUGUCUUUGGUGGGUCUUAUGGAGGAAUGCUGGCUGCUUGGUUUAGACUGAAAUAUCCUCAUAUGGCAAUUGGAGCUUUAGCAUCUUCAGCCCCGAUAUUGCAGUUUGAUGAUAUAACCCCAUGGUCCAGCUUCUAUGAUGGUGUAACCAAGGAUUACAAGGAUGCGAGCUUGAAUUGCUAUGAGGUGAUCAAGGGGAGCUGGCAAGAACUGGAAGCUCUUUCAGCUCAAAAAGAAGGGUUGGCUGAACUCAGCAAAAAUUUCAGAACUUGCAAGAACCUUCAGUCCAUGUACUCAGUUCGAAACUGGUUAUGGGAAGCGUUUGUUUACACGGCUAUGGUGAAUUACCCAACAGAAGCCAAUUUCAUGAUGCCAUUACCUGCUUAUCCUGUGCAUGAGAUGUGCAAGAUUAUCGAUGGAAUCUCACCAGGAGCUACCAAGCUUAGCAAAGCUUUUGCAGCUGCAAGCUUGUAUUAUAACUAUUCCCGGUCAGAAAAAUGCUUCAAUGUGGAAAAUGGGACUGAUGCUCAUGGCCUCCAUGGUUGGGGCUGGCAGGCAUGUACGGAGAUGGUAAUGCCAAUGAUUUGUUCCAAUGAAAGCAUGUUUCCUCCGUCUUCCUACGAUUACAAGGAGUUUGCAGAGAAUUGCUGGACGAAAUAUGGUGUUACGCCUUGCCCACAUUGGAUCACUACUGAAUACGGUGGCCAUAGAAUCGAGCAAGUGCUAAAGAGAUCAGGCGGCAACAUCAUUUUUUCCAAUGGAAUGCAAGACCCUUGGAGCAGAGGCGGUGUGCUGAAAAACAUAUCAGCUACGAUUACAGCGCUCGUGACUGAAAAAGGGGCUCACCAUGUGGAUUUCCGGUCAGCAACGAAAGAAGAUCCGGAGUGGCUGGUUCAGCAGAGGAGACAAGAAGUGGAGAUAAUUCAGAAAUGGAUAGAUGAGUACUAUAGGGAUAUUAAACAAGAACGAUAAACGAUCUCGUCAGUUAACUUCAAGCCAAUAUGCGUAAAUUUUGGAACGGAGGACUUUGUAGUGCAGGGGUGCACUACAAAGGUGUAGUGUGCGAUCCGAGACGUCUACACCUCUGUAGUUCACCCCUCCUCUAGAGGGUCCUCUGGUCCAUUUGCUUUGCUUCUGUUGUUCGCGGUGGAGCUAAAGAAUGCUUUUCAUGGGAUUGCAACAAUUUGUUGUUUCAAAUUUUUCUGCCUGUAACUAAAGCCUACACCAAAGUAGUGCAUGUGCCCGUAACUGUGCCUAAUCGUACUUUGUAAAGGAACAUUAAAGUUUCUGGAAAAUUAUUGAUUAAUUAUGAUUAAAAUAAUACAAUAAAAUAA